AUCCAUAGUAAACAAUUUUCAGCACAGUAUACAAUAUACAGCUCAUUUUUCAACAUCUUCACCAUGAAGUUCGCUACCUCUUCUCUGAUUUUGGCCAGCGCCGUUAUCAUCUCUGCGAUUAAACACGGCGCCGUGAGCUUCGUGAGCUUGCUUUCGCAGAUGAAAUCUUGUAUUGGCCAUCCGAAAAGCAGCAAGCACGGCAACAGUACCGACGUGAGGCUGGUCAGGUCCCGCAUUAUUCCCAACACAUGGCGACCCAAGCUCCGAUCGAACAUCACGGGCUCUACAAAUUUUAUGAGCGUUCCGACUACUGGUUUGGUCGUGCUGAAAGAUUACAAGAUCAUCAAUAAAUUCCGUAUCGGUAAACGAUACCCAUCUGGGACCGUCAUUUCAUUUUAUGUCUUCGUAGACUAUGGAGGUUCUCCUCUUCUGGACGAAGUCUUCGAUGUCUAUGUCAGAUAAGCACCCGACAAUGUCCGUGGAUUAUCAAAUUGCUAUCAUAGGGCAUCUGUUAUCUUCGCUUUGAAUCCAGAAUUACUAUGUGUGUCGUUGCCGUGUCCGUGUACCUACGUAAGCGAGGUUUCACGCAUUGAUCUCGAUAUCAAGAAGUGUUCAAGAAUUGCUCAGUCGAAGAGAAAAUAAUGAUACCAAUAAUACCACCAGUUUCAAGAAAUGGUUGGUACUUAUGCGUCUUAGUGUGUGACGGUUCCAUGGGUAGUUUGACUCCCAAUCAAGGAACUCUCAGUGAUGCUCACAUGUAGUUUCUCUGAGGAAUUAAAAAAAGAAUGUGGUCUUUGUGCUUA